AUGUUGUCCAUAUUAGCAGCCAUUUACUUACCCUUUUUUUAUUAGGAAUUAUCUAAGCAGGAGUUAUUAAUAUCUUCUAUUUCGUCUUUGUAUUUUUCUAACAAAUGCUUAUUAUCUGUAUAUGCACAUAUAAUAUUCUAAAGAUGUAUAUUUACAGCAUAAGAUUAGAGAGGUUUUCUACAAAAAGGGCAUUUAUUAAGUUUGGUUUUAUCUUUUGGAAUAAUGCAAGUUUUACAAAAAGUAUGUCCACAAGGAAAUAUAAGAAUAGGAGAGUUGUUUGGUGGAACCAUCAAUUCAUAGCAUAUUGGGCAAAAUAAGUUGAAAAAAAAAGAGGAAGAUACAUCGAUAUACUCAAAAAUACUAAGAAAAAAAAUAUUUCAUUAAAAAAAUAUUGUUUGCAUUAACUACUAGUUAGUGUUUCUGUAUUAAACUAAUAAAAAAAAGUACAAAAUUUGUAUUUAAAAAAAAAUAGUACUACUAUUAAUAUUUUUUAGAUUUAUAUUACAAAUAAUUUAGCUACAUCUUUAUAGCUUGCUAUUUCAUUCUAUUAUUAAUAUGCUAAAUUUAUAAUUAUUUUGA